AUGAGGCGAAAGUUACCCCGCUCCCUCAACCUUCCGUUUACGAGCUUUUGUGUGUCAUCUCCAAGACACAAAAUUUUCCAUUCUUCAAGUUUUUCUUCCUUCUUUCUAAGUUUAGUGUUUCAGAGAGAAAAGCAUUCUGGAAACAUAGUGUGGAAAUGUCUAAACGCGUUACGGGAAGGGUGGACUAGGAGUUUGUGGAGAGGGAAGUGUCAUCGACAACUUUGUCUGUGUUUGAGGUCAUCUGUUAGGGUCUUGACAUCAUGCCUACAGUCAAUAUUUUCUUUUCCUUUUACAAAGCCUAAGGCAUAUACGUCUAGUGGAUGA